AUGGUGACAGUAAUGAAGAUGAGAUUUAAAAGCUGUUUUAUCUUCCUAGUUACGAUGUAUUCAGGCAAAGUCUUUGCAGAAGAUAAACCUUGUGAUUUGCCACAUAUAGAAAAUGGGAAGAUUGCUCAAUACUAUUAUAAUUUCAAAAGUUACUAUUUCCCUAUGCGUAAAGAAAAAAAACUUUCCUAUUCUUGUAUGGUUGGUUAUACAACUGAAACUGGGACUCAGGAUGGAAGAAUAACUUGUACAGCAAAAGGGUGGUCUCCAGUGCCCCAGUGCUACAAAAAAUGUAACAAGCCUCUUUUGGAAAAUGGCUUUUUUUACGGUACAGAAAUGUACUUCAGAAUACAUGAGAAACUGCGAUACAAAUGUAAUCCAGGCUACCACACUGCAAGCGGUGGUACUGAAGGUACAGUGCAAUGUCGGCCAGAGGGAUGGUCCUCCCAGCCAAGUUGUAUUAAAAAAUUAGAGUCGUGUCAAGUACCUGAUUUACAUCACGGCAGCUACUUCACAGCCCAACAAGAGCUUCGACCGAACGAAGCGCUGCUAUACAAAUGUGAUGAGGGGUACCAUACUGCAGGAGGAAACACCACAGAAAAGGCAGUGUGUCUCACAUAUGGCUGGUCCCUUACUCCAAACUGCACUAAAAUAACUUGCUCCUCUUUGGGUGCAAUAGAACAUGGAGGUUUCUAUCCUGCAAAGAAAUUCUAUGAAGAGGGAGAUGUAGUUCACUUUUUCUGUGAGGAAAAUUAUUCUGUCAGUGAAUUUGACCUAAUUCAAUGUUAUUAUUUUGGAUGGUAUCCAGACCCUCCAGUGUGUGAAGAUGUAAAAAAUAAAUGUCCUCCACCACCACUCCCUCCUCAUGCCCAUAUCCUCACAGUUAGAAGAACAUAUCAUAAUGGAGACAAAGUUCGUAUACAGUGUCAAAGUACCUUUGAAAUAAGAGGAUCUGAGGAAAUCCAGUGUGAAAAGGGAAAAUGGACAUCACCCCCUAUUUGUAUCAGAACUAUGGAUGAAGAGGAAUCUGAGGUACCACCAUCACUCGAUGCAGAUGCAGCAAUAAGGGCAAGCAAAACAUAUCGCAAUGAAGAUACAAAAAUGCAGCAAAACUGCGCCUCUCCACCUAUGAUUAAAAAUGGUGGUGUUCUUGGUCCAUUAUUGACAACUUACAAAAAUGGUUCCUCAGUAGAAUAUGCUUGUCAGCAUUACCAUGUUUUGGAUGGACCUAGUACUGCUUACUGCGAACAAGGAAACUGGACAGAACAACCAACUUGCUUUGAGCCGUGCAUUCUUGAUGUAAUUGAUAUGAACGGCAGCAACAUAGAGCUGAAAUGGAGCCAGGAAGAAUUAAUUUUCCUACAUGGUGAUCUCAUAGAGUUUGAAUGUAAACAGGGAUACAGUUUUGUCGAGACUACCUCUCCUGGAAGCACACUGUGUAACAACGGCAGACUGAAGUAUCCAAAAUGCAUUCUGCAAGCUCCUACAAAAAAAUGUGACUCUCCACCUUCUAUUGCAAAUGGAGCUCUUACUGUCCCGCCACUGACUCAGUAUGACAGUGGUUCUUCAGUUCAGUAUAUUUGCUCUGACUACCAUUUUUUACAAGGAUCUGAGAGAAUCUAUUGUUCUGAAGGACAGUGGACUUCACCACCAGUUUGUAUAGAGCCGUGCACUUUGUCAGAAAAUGAAAUGGAAAAGAAUAAUGUGUUGCUGCAAGGAUUCUAUAAGAAUCAAGUUUACUUCUACCAUGGGGAUUAUGUUGGAUUUUACUGUAAAGAAAAUCAUUUUGGAGCAGAAUCUGGUACAACUUUAUUUCAAGUACAGUGUAGGAGAGGAGAGCUGGUGUAUCCAAGGUGUGUUGAACGAGGAAAAUGA